CCGAGUCCACAACGACCCCUCAUUUACCUUUGAUGGCCAACUCCACUAUCUAUCAAAUUGUAUAUGCCGUUGCAGCUCGCGCGAAUCCUCAUAAACAAUACUCACGAUGGCAAACGAGCCCUCAAUCUCAAUACGAAAGUCUAUCCGGUGGGGAGACGAUGCGGCCUUCGAGGAUACUAGUACUCUCGUCUUGACGACUGGUCCCAGACGUUACGUCGACCUCAGGGUAUACCUCCCCGAGAACCCUGAGGACGGAUUACCCAACGCCGACGACGUACCUGCACUAGACAGACUAGAAUGGGGAUUCGCAGGGCAAUCCAAAGGCACGCCCGCUAAAUGGGAUGGACCACGACUAGUGACGCCAGCGCACGGCACAUGGACGCACUGGGUCGACAGCCAGAAGCCGGACGGGUAUGAAGAUGAUGGGUUCAUGUACGACCAGCAUGACGGUCUGACGUGGGAGAAGGGGGUCAUGGAGUACCCCAAGACUGGGGAACUGACGCCGUAUGAGGAAGUUUGGGAGGAUUUUGCGCCGGCGAAGGAUGCGGCUGGGAAUAUGAUAGCGGUGACGCUGGUUUAUACUGAAACGGGGAAUAGCGCGAAGGGGAUGGUUAUAAGGGUGGGAGACUGGAUACAGGGUAUAUUGAGAGAUGCUGCAGGUGGCAUAACUGUCGAGAGGUGGCACUACGAGGAGGCAUCGAAAGCCACAGAAGGGUGGAAACGGGUGGUCCGCAUCGGGAGUGGGGAGCUACCUUGUCAGAGACUCUUUGCCUUGGACAACUCGACGGCUGUGGAGGGAUCAGGCUGGACUAUAUUGAAAGAUGAUAAUGUUUUAUAAUCAUGAUAGAAUUAAUUGCUGAAUGCCCGUUUCAUUGCUUGCAAGAGCCAGUUUUGAAACAUACAAUGCAAGCUCAGAGUGGCUAAUAAUAUAAAGCAAGCC